AUACUUGCUUCUUCAUAGAAGCAGCAGUGGCAGUGACCUUCAAGCGGCAGGAAGAAAGGAACAAGAGAGAAAUAUCUUGAAUAAUGGACCUCAGACACGUCCAAUGCCUCAUUUUCAUAAUGAAUUUGUUCCUUUCAUCAGGAAACUUGGCUAAAGAACCAGGAGAUUCAAGCCACUACAUAUCUGCUUCUGCAACUGCACUAACAGCCAUACAUGAAGAGGUACUGAACUCCACACUACAGGAAAGAAUGCUUCUGCCCAGACCCGAGCUGAAGCUCCUUACUUCCAUGACUCAACACGACAUUUUAACCCCAAUUCCAACAGUUCCAGCCACCAACCCAUCAAACCCAGCUACAAGUACAACGCCCACAUAUAAUCCAAUACCUACAGUAUCAAAUCCUACAACUCCAAUGACAACUCCAUCAACAAUGAAUCCAAUAAACCCUUACAGAACUCCUAGCAUGGGGAUACCUUCAUCAUCAACAGGACAGAGCUGGUGCAUUGCAGGCCAGUCAGCUUCACAAACUUCGCUGCAGGUUGCCCUGGAUUACGCUUGUGGCUAUGGUGGUGCAGAUUGUUCACAAAUUCAGCCUGGUGGGAGCUGCUUCAACCCAGAUACAGUUCGAAAUCAUGCAUCUUAUGCCUUCAACAACUACUAUCUAAAGAAUCCAAUACCUAGUAGCUGUGAUUUUGGAGGAACUGCAGUUAUCACGAAUAUUGAUCCAAGUACUUCAACAUGUCAGUAUCCCUCAACAAGUACAAGUUAUUCUGUUCUCAACACAACAAACCCAUCAGGAUCAACAGUCUUUGGAUCAGCUCCUCCAGAUUCCUCAGGCAGAGAUCCCAUGUCAAGAACUCUACCACUAUGCCUCACUUUUUUGAGCGUACUAAUGUCAAAGAGUUUAUGAGGCACAUGAACUUGUUAAGACUUUUUUAAUGAUUACGGAUCACUAGUCCAACAGCUGAUAUGAUGGAAGAAACUUAAGAGAUGGCCAGAGAAAAUGGGAGUAAUGACACAUUAUAAACUCUAACAUGCAAUGGCAUAUCAUAUCAGAUGUUCGACGCAUAGUCCUCACCAAGACAGGUCAUACAAUCAGAUAGAAAGAUCCUAGUAGUAGGUGACAUAAAUCAUUUACUUCUCAUUGUAAAGUUUCUAAGGGGAAUAAAGCAUUAUUUUUCUUCCCUUUUUGGCUACUAAUUCUCUUAUUUUGUGUAAAGCAAUUACAGUAAGAAUCUUCUUAUUCCAGGAUUGCAAAUUUGAAGAGAA